AUGGCCGACUCGCUCACCUGCCAGCGGUGCCACCAGCCGCUGCUGCGCGACCCGACAGUGGCCAACCUCACGAGCUCGCAGUAUGCGCUGAUAGCGGGCACGUUGCCUGCUGCGCCGCGCGCGCCGCAGGUGGCCCCGGCGACCAAGCUCGCGCAGCAGCCGCCGGGCGCGCGCGACGCCGCAGCGGCAUGGGGGGCCGCGAACCCCAUCGCCGAGUCGUAUGUCUUUCUGCCUGAGCUCGCUCCGCCGCAGCAGCAGCGGACGGCGAGCCCCGGCCUUUUGGCGUCCGCGUCGAGCAGCACGUCGCGCGCGGCGUCGCCCACCGCGCCGCCGCUCGGCGGGACAGCGCUCGCGGCCAAGCUCGACACACUGCUCUCGCGCCGGACGGAGAUCGACCACCCCCUGUGUACAGAGUGCACAGGCUUGUUCCAGGCACAGCUGCAGCGCGAGCUCGAGGAGCUCACGCGCGAGCGCGACGCGUACAUUGCUUUCGAGCGGAACUUGCGGCUGCGCGCCGAGGAGCGCGGAGGAGCAGGAGGCGAGGUGGACGACGAGGGCGGCGUCGGCGGGAGCGACGAGUGGGAUGCGCUCGUGCAGCACCGUGCCGAGCUGGAGGAGGAGGAGAAGCGCCUCACUGCGACGCUGGGCGAGCGCGAGGCCGAGCUCGCCAGUGUCCAGGAGGAGGAGAAGCGGGUCAAGGUCGACGAGGCGGCCGUCGAGCGCGACGAGGCCGAGUUCCUCAAGUCGCACGCAGAGCUCGCGACGCAGCUCACGCAGCUGUCCCACGCGCUGUCGUCGGCCAAGACGCAGCUCCUGCUCUCCACGUCACUGCUGCAGCACCUCGAGUCGACAAACGUCUACAACGACGCCUUCCAGAUCGGCCAUGCGCCGCUCCAGGCCGACGGCGGCCGCAGCGCCGUCACGGUCGGGACUAUCAACGGGCUCCGGCUCGGCGGCCGCCCGACGGUCGAGUGGGACGAGAUUAACGCGGCUUGGGGGCUGGUUGCGCUGUGUAUUGACCGACUGGCGGUCAAGGUCGGAUGUGUGUUUGAGACCUACAAGAUCGCACCCCUCGGCUCCUUCUCCCACAUGGAAGAGCUGUCCGGCAAGGGCUCGUACGAGCUGUACGCGUCGUCCGACCUCUCACCGGCACGCCUGCUCCAGAACAGAAGGUUCAACCACGCGCUGGUUGCGCUGCUCGACUGUCUGCGGCAGCUGGUCGAGUUUGGGCGGUCGUCUGGGCGCGCGUGGGCGGCCGGGAGCAUCGAGAUCAACAAGGACCGGAUCAACGGCUACUCGAUCCGCCUGCCCGGGCUGGCGAGCGGCCUCCCAGCGCUCGGGAGCAUGAGCCUCAUGGGCCUCGGGAGCACCGAGGCGGCGGGCAAGGACAACUCGUCGGCCGACGAGCAGUGGACGCGCGCGUGCCGCGCCGUCCUGCAGGUCCUCAAGCGCAUCCUCGUGGUCGAGAGCGAGGCGGGGCGAGGUACGGCGUAGGCGUGGGCUUGUGGCAGGCAGUGCUCAUCGGGCAGCGAUGUUGAGUGGUGAUAGCAAGGCGCGCCCAAGUGCGACGACGAGUCCAAUGACGCCGACGUCAAGAGUUAGAUUCGAGGCACAGCAGUGGUACCGCUAUCCGUCUUCGUACUGGCGUGAU